AUGGACGAACAGGACAUUCUUUGCCCACUCCUCUCGGAAAUCGAGAGCUCCAGAGGCUAUGGAGGCAGCCAAAUGGACGUGAGAUUCGAUGAAAUCAGACCAGCAACAGAGCUUAAAGGGUUUGAAGAAGCUAAUGUUGAUCAAUUACAGUUGUGUUCGAUUUGUUUGGGCGAGCUCUCUGAAGGUGAAGUUAUUUUAGCUGAGACCUCUUGUUCCCAUGUGUUCCACCGCAGGUGUCUCUAUGGCUGGCUGCGUCGGGCUCAUUUCUGUCCAAAUUGUCAAGCAUCCUUCGCGAUUUAG